UUUGAUCUGGCCUGGCCUACCGGACCUGCCGGAGCUCGGUGGACUGCGGCUCAGCUGGGCUCCUGGUGCCGCCUCCUCCCCGCACGCUGGGGGCUGUGGCACUUCUGUGGGUGGGGAAGGCAGGACUGACGCAGAGUGGAGAAAAGAUUCAACGGGAAGGGUUAAGAGGAAGGAAACGCGAGAAGGCCAGAUGGCUUGGAGCAGAAAGAACAAGGGCCAGAGUGGUCUGUGAUGAAGUGGCGGGGCCUGAUCAAGUCGAGACUUUUAGACCAAGGAUUGUUGUGAUGGUUAUGGAAGUUGAUAUAUGUAAAGCACCUGGCGAAGCCUCUGCACAGAAUGACAACAGCAACACGACAAGAAGUUCUUGGCCUCUACCGCAGAAUUUUCAGGCUUGCAAGGAAAUGGCAGGCGGCAUCAGGGCAGAUGGAAGACACCAUUAAAGAAAAACAGUACAUAGUAAAUGAAGCCAGAAUGCUGUUCCAGAAAAACAAAAAUGUCUUGGUCCAACUGGUAAGUGGCUCAGCGUCCUCAGAAGACCCCAUGACCCAGGUGACACAAGUCAGGCCAAUGAGAAUUUUCAGGGGAGGAGCAGUUCCUUACGCCCUGGGCCUGUUGCCGACCACUCCCACAGGAGCUGUGCAGCUCACGGACACAGAUCUGAUUAAGCAGUGUAUAGAUGAAUGCACAGCCAGGAUUGAAAUUGGACUGCAUUACCAGAUUCCUUACCCAAGGCCAAUUCAUCUGCCUCCAAUGGGCCUUAUCCCACUACGAGGCCGGGGACUUCGAAGCCAGGAAAAAUUGAGGAAGCUUUCCAAACCAGUCUAUCUCCAGUCUCAUGAUGAGGUUUCCUAACCCAGAAAAAAGUUUGUUUCUCCGAAGGAUGAGCCACUAGUUCUUGAAUGUAAACCAGAUGAACAAAACCCUUCUUCUUGAUUGGGAUAAAAAUUCAAAUAUCUUCCCAAAUAUCAUAUCGUCCAAAAUAUUGGUACUCAUUUCAUGAUGUGUGCUCACACGUCCCUACAGUUUGUCAGGGUCUUGCUGCCUGAGUGGACAACACUAACGCUAGGGGUCAUGGACCUUACAUCCUCGCUGAAGCAUCAUUUGGAAACAAGAUAAAGCCUGUGGGAGGAAGACUGAAGGAUGACAAAGCUUUUCAUGGGAAUGCCAUUCGCCAGACAUGCCAGCUGAUACAAAGAAAUUAGCCAGUCGCUGGAUGUUCUCAUGACUACUAUAAAACUAUAUACCACUCUCAGAAUAUUUUUAAGUUUUUUUCACAUUACAGAUUUACUUAAAGUGGGCUUUUUUCCCUGUGUUUUGUUGUUUUUUGACCCUUCCAAUUUCUACAUAAACCAUGAUUAUUUAAUUUUAUAUGAGCUCUGUCCCUGCCCCCGAUAUACACACACACACAAGCGCGUGUCUUUGUUUACAUGCAUAUGUUUACUUUAUCUUAAUCCCUCUGCUUACUUAGGAUGCACUUAUGAUCUGAAAGGCUCACUUGAAACUCAUACUGCAUUCAUUAUGAGUAUUUUACCUUAACAUAAUUAGAAAGUACAAGGGCCAAGCUGGCUUUCAAAUUAUGUCUAAAGAGAAAUGGAACAAGGAGCGAUCAAAACAUGAAAGAUUUACACCACUGUGUGUGCGGAGUCAGAGGAGAUACCAACAGCAAGUCAUUUGUACAUCAGUAUCAUUCCCUGUUAGCUCCAAAGAGGAUGGGCAUCACCAAUAAAAACAAGUCUCUAUCAA